CAGUAUAUUAUCCAUUUUUGAAUUUCAAAUAACAUAUAAUAAAUAAUUAAUAACAAAUAAAGAAACAAAGAAAGAAAGCAAGUAAACCUGAAACGAUAGUCCAUGGUUAGCAGAUUUCGCUGUUGUUCUGACCACCCAACAUUAGCUACGUUCCUAACCGCCUCCUCUGCGACUGCGAGACACAACGCAAACGCAUAAGCGUCUCUCUCUCUCUCUCUCUCCAGACUACAGAAUUCUGCAAACCCCAGCCAUUACAGUCUGUGGAAGCAAAGCAGCUCUCGGUGCCCCGAUUGUGAUCACUGCAAUCAGUGGCCUGUUUUCGUUCUGUUUUAAUUCUAGGUUUUGAUCUUUACUCUGCUACUUGAAUUUUCGUGUCGUAACUUCUUUACCGUCUGAUGGCCGAACGCAAGCUCGAUCUGCCCGUUAAUCUUCUUCCGUGCAAAGUGGAAGCUCCCGGAGGAAAUGAUGAGGCAAAGGGUCACAGCGGAUUGCUUGACGAGUCAAAAGAUCAAGUGGCAUCAGAAAGCAGCAUACCGUUGUCCCCUCAGUGGCUUUAUGCAAAACCAAGUGAGACUAAGAUGGAAAUCCGUGUUCCGAUUUCUGUGUCUCUUGGAAACUCUAUUGAUUCCAACCAAAAGGAUGGUCAGCGUCUCGAUGGAUCUGAGGAGAAAAAAGACUGGAGGAGAACUGCUGCUGAAAGUGAAAACAGCCGCCGCUGGCGUGAAGAGGAAAGAGAAACUGGCUUAAUCGGUGGUAGAAGAGAUCGAAGGAAAGCGGAAUGUCGUGUUGACAAUAUUUCAACAAGAGAAACAACUGACAACAGAGUUUUGCCUGCUUCUGGUCGUUGGCAUGAUGGUAGCAGCCGUGCCUCUUUGCAUGAACUGCGGCGUGACAACAAAUGGUCAUCAAGAUGGGAUCCUGAAGACAAAGAAAAAGACUCCAGAGUUGAGAAGAGGACAAAUGUAGAUAACGAGAAAGAAGAUUCUCACAGUGAUAUUCAGUCUUUUGCGGCCAGCAACCGCUUAGCUUCUGAGCGUGAAUCAGAUUCUCGUGAUAAAUGGAGGCCACGCCACAGAAUGGAGGCAUAUUCUGGAGGUUCUACUUCCUUCCGUUCUGAAGCUGGGCCUGGGCAAGAGAGAGGACAUUUGAAGGGUUCAAAUAUCAAAUUCACUCUGGGACGAGGAAGGUCAAAUACUGUGGGCACAAUUGGUACUGUUCAUUCAGACAAAACUGGAAAAGUCCUUGGGAAACCUAGCCCUGGAGCUGUUACUUUCUGCUACCCACGUGGAAAGCUGCUUGACAUUUACCGUAAACAAAAGAUUGAUGCUUCUUUUAUGAACAUGAGUCAUGAGAUGGAGGAAUCACCCAGUAUAACUCAUGUUGACAGUAUUGAACCAUUAGCUUUUGUCGCUCCUAACAUUGAAGAGGAGGUUGUUCUUAACGACAUAUGGAAGGGAGAGGUCUCCAAUAGUGAGGUGGUAUAUGACUCGUUUAAGAAGGGCGGAUCAUCUGAAUAUUUUAAAGGAAAUUUGGGAAGUACAGAGGAAAAAGAAGUUACUGCCACUCCAGUUCUUGCUGAAGAGACCCUGGAUAUUUUGCAUGAAGCUGCUAAUGAUGAUGCAUUUCUAGCUGGUGAAAAAAGGGUUCAUCUUGAUGAAGGGAAAGAUAGAAUUAAUGCCACAUUUCUUAUACCGGACUCGAAUGGGCUGAUUUCAACAGUUUCGAAAAAUAAUGCCAUAGAAAUUAAUAGAGGUUAUCAUACUAAUCUUCAGUCAACCAUUGACGAGAAGCAUCAAACAGUAGACUCUGCUUUUACUGAGCAUUCAAAGUUCGAUGACACAGAAUCUGCCUCUUCUUUUGACAUGAGAUUAAAGCUUCCUGAUGAUUCUCAUUCGCUAUUUGUUUUGCCGUCGCAAGAGGAGAACCCAAGUAGCAGCAUGGAAGAUAUUGGAGGCAACGCUGGGAUGAGAAAGUUGACCAGGGAUUUUUUCUCAGAGGAGUUAACUUUGUACUACAUUGAUCCUCAGGGAGAGACUCAGGGACCAUUUUCUGUAGCUGACGUUACUUUAUGGUUUGAAGAAGGGUUUUUUGGGACAGACUUACCUGUUCGUUUUGCAGAUGCUCCUGAAGGAACUCCUUUUCAAGAGUUGGGUGUCAUCAUGCCACAUCUGACACGUGGAGACGGCAAUGCUAAGGUCACAUAUCAAAUUUCUAAGAUGGAAAUAGUUGAUGCCUUUGGGGGGCAGCUGGAGGCUAAUUUAUCUGCAGCAUCUGUCACAAACACCAAUUCAUCCUUCAUGAAUGAUCCAUAUAGGCCAUUUGAUGAGAGCAACAGCCACUCAUCCCAGCAUGGUCAGUCCAAGUUUUCUCAGUCUGAACCUUUGUCACAGUUGCCACAACCAGAGAGUCAAAGCUUUCAUGAUUUUUUCAUACAAGAUGAAGAAAUUGUUUUUCCUGGAAGAACUGGAAAUGUGGGCUACCCCACUUUAAAAUCACAUGGAAGUAAUCCUUUAGCAAAUUCUGGUAGUCAUUCUUCUCUUCCAAAUGAGUUGAUAGAGCCUGGUGGGUCAAGUCAGCAUGAAAACAAGUUACACCCUUUUGGUCUAUUGUGGUCUGAGCUUGAAGGCACUCAUACUAGGCACACACAAGCAUUGGACAUUCCUUUGAGUAUGGCAAGGGCUGCCUCGUUUGAAGUGAUGAAUGAUUCCUCUCAUGUUGCUGAGACAUGGUCAGAUAGUUACAGGCAGAAGGCAAUCUCUGGCCCUCGUUCAUAUCAAGAUCCCAUGGCUGCUCAGCUGCUAUCGCAUAUGGAACACGAAUCCAAUAGUUUUGAUCUUGCCGACCAUGUUAUGUCACAAAACUUUCAGCAACUGCAGAUCCAACAGCGGAAUAUGUUGUCUCAUACACGCUUGAACGAAUCAAUUCUUGAGCAGAGGGGUCAGAAUUUUAUGCACCAUCAGCAGCUGGCCAACCAUCCUACCCCGGAUUUGGAACAACUUUUGAUACUUCAGAUGCAACAGCAGCGGCAGCUUGAGCUCCAACAACAUCAACUGCAGCAGCAGCAGCAGUUACAGCAACAGCAAAAGCUUCUGCAGGAGCGUCAACAAUCUCAAGUUCGACAAGUGCUACUUGAACAGCUGUUACAUGGUCAACUACCUGAUUCUGCUCAUGUUCAGUCACUUGUUGAUCCUAUUAGAGCCAACAAUGCUCUAGAUCAAAUUGUAUUGGAACAUCAUCUCUUGCAUGAGCUACAACAACGGUCUAAUCAUCCUUCAAGUCACAUUGUUCCAUCCAUAGAGCAGCUUGCUCAAGCGAAGUUUGGUCAGGCACAACAACAACAAGAGCAUCAAAGGGAUAUGCUUGAGCUAAUGUCGCGUGCACAGCAUGGGCAGAUGCAACCAUUGGAUCAUCAGAUUCUUCAUCAGGAGCAGCAGACAAGGAAGUUGUCAAUGGGAUUGAGACAGCAUUGCAAUAUGGAAGAAGACAGGCAUAUUGAUUCUGUUUGGCCAACUGAUGAAACUGAUCUUUUUCUCAGGACUUUCGGUGGUACUCAUAGUGUUCACUCUAUGGGGAUGAACCCAUUAGAUUUUUAUCAGCAACAACAGAGGGUGCCUCAUGAAGAGCAGCUCCUUCACCUUGAGCGGAACCUAUCAUUACAAGACCGACUUCGGCAAGGGCUUUUUGAGACUUCCUCACUGCCAUUUGAGCGGUCCAUGUCUUUCCCUUCGAGUGCACCAGGGCUGAAUCUGGAUGUUGUGAAUUCCUUGCCUCAUGGUGGUGAUAUGCAGGAGUCAAAAGCACGCAUGCAAUCUGCAGUUCAAAUGGGAACAAGGUCUUCUGGUAUUCACUCUCAUAAUGUCGAGUACCCUUUAGUUCCUAACCAAUUCCAAACUUCACAUUUGGAUGCCUUUGAAGGUCGCUGGCCUGACACUGAGAGCAAUGGAUGGCUAGCAAAUGACUGGGUAGAAUCUAAAAUGCAACAACAGCAUAUCAAUUCUGAAUGGCAGAAAAAGGAGUUGGAAGGAAAGAUGACAGCGGAAGACUCAAAUAGGUGGAUGUCGGGUGGGUCUGAUGAAGACAAGUCAAGGCAAUUGUUAAUGGAAUUACUACAUCAGAAAUCAAGCCAUCAACCUGCUGAGUUGUUAUACAUGAAUGAUGGAGUAUCAUAUGAAAAAAAAACGCCUUUGUGCUCUCCUAUUUCUGAUUCAUGUGAACCUGCUAAGGUUUGUGCAGCUGAGAAACAGCGGAGCAGUUCAGAACGCAACCGAAAGCUGCUCGUUAGAUCUGAGUAUGGAACUUCUGUUGAGGAGGCAUUCUUGUCUAGCAUUGGUGAGACUGCUCAUUCAGCUGGCAAAGAUUCUAACAUUAUUGGUAAGCCAUCUCUGAACAAAGAGUACUUGGAGGUGGAGGGGGGGAAGCAUGUGGCCAAAAUUGACAGAACAAGAAAGGACUCAGUUGCCGAGAUUCCAGAUACUUUGACUGAGAAAGGAAGGUCGGCAAAUCGUGGGAGGGCUCCAAUUAAUGCUCUUAGCAGACAUCCGACAAUUGGACUCAUUGGUGGCGGUGAAGGUCGUUACAGUGACAAGAUUGGACAGAAUAAUUCAUUUACAGAACACAUUGUCGAGGACCGGGUGCCAGUUGUUUCCAAAGGGCAAGAAAAUAUUUUGCUGAAACGCCCUCCUGCCUCACGUCCUUCUUCAGCCCAGGAGGGAUUGCCUGAACGGCUUGCUGAUCCCGUUAGCAAGGGAAAAGGUCCUUUGAGUGGUGGUGAUGGGGGAAGACGGGAGCUUGUCUUGAACCCUUCAAGCCAAGCUUUAGACAUUUCCUCAUCUGGCAUGGACAUCCGUUUCCGGCCUACCUCAUCUUUCGUUGAUACUGAUGUGUCAGAGCCAUCAUUUAUAGACAUGCUAAAGAGUAAUUCUAAUAAGACAUUGACAACUGAAGCUUAUGCCACCACAGUGGCUUCCGAGCAAUUAGAUGUGGCACAAGGGAGCCGAAGUGGCAAAAAGAAAGGAAAGAAAGGGAGGCAACUUGAUCCCGCUCUCCUUGGUUUUAAAGUCACAAGCAAUCGCAUCAUGAUGGGAGAAAUCCACCAUGUAGACGAUUAAGUAAUGGUAUAUACAAUGUUGAUUUUGUACAAUUCCAUAUAGGUUCAAAGCUCAGUGUAUAGUGGCAGCUGAAGGAAAUCUUUCAUUAUUUUUUGUACAUCGUCUUGUUGAUAAAAGAUGUGGGCGUAAGGUUAUACCAGGUUAGAAAAUCCCAGCUUUGUUGAGUACAUAGAAGAGGUAAAUUUUUGUACAGAGACUAUCAGCAUGUACAGUGAAAAUAAUCACUUCAUAUACUUUCUUAAUUGUGCAUGUUGAAGUUAAUAUUUUGUAUUUAUAAAGA